ACGCCUGGAAAUUGCUUGGCGCGCGUUCUGAACUUGGGUUAUGCUUAACUUCAACCGGCAGGCACGCGAUAAUAUAAACAAACAUGUCGACGGAGUAAAAAACUAUUCCAUUUUCCCAGUUGGGGCCCAGAUUGCCUCUCCGUUUAGAUUGGUUUUUAUCGAGAUCGGGACUUUAUUUAUGUAAAAUUUUCUGUUGGAAAAACGGAACAUACGUGUCUCUUUGUACUGGCUUUGGUGCGGAGGUGCUGCAACAUAAUCAAAUUACCUUUUACUACUAGUUACAAUUUUGUCAGUGAUACUUUCUAGUGAAGUUUUUCAGUGAACACAACGGACACUACUCACAAUGGAAUAUGAUUUAUUUGUCUAUCCGGAGCUGUUGGCCUAUUAUGACCCUGCAACUUUGAUGAACCGCCCUAUUCAAGUAAAACCAGCGGAUACCGAAAACCGUGGUGAUUUUGAGAAAGAAAAAAGCGCAAAAUCAGGCUCGUUUAACCGAUUUUAUAAUAACGGGGAUGGUACCGAUCGAAAACUCUUUGUGGGAAUGCUAAGCAAGCAACAAACUGAAGAGGAUGUUAGACAAUUGUUUGCCCCAUUUGGAACAAUAGAGGAAUGCACAAUUCUAAAAGGACCUGACGGAGCCAGUAAAGGUUGUGCUUUUGUGAAAUACAGUACACAUCAAGAAGCACAAGCAGCUAUUAACAGCUUGCAUGGUAGUCAGACUAUGCCGGGAGCCUCUUCCAGUUUAGUAGUAAAAUUUGCCGAUACAGAAAAAGAAAGACAACUUAGACGCAUGCAGCAGAUGGCUGGAAAUAUGAGUCUCCUCAACCCAUUCGUAUUCAACCAGUUCGGAGGAUACGGAGCAGCGUAUGCACAAGUAGAUGUUAAAAUUUGGGAAAACGGAAGAUGGCAGUCAAUGCAAGCAUUUGAAGAAAAUAUUUCGUCCCGACCCACAUCCUUUGUAGCCGAAUUUGACCACCAAUCGCAGCAAGCCGCAAUUAUGGCAGCUGCAACUGCACAAGGAACUUACAUAAACCCAAUGGCUGCCAUUACACAGUUACCAGCCCAUACUAUUAAUGGAAUUAAUGGUAUCAAUGGUAUUGGAAAUGGUGUGGUGCCACCUCCGACGUCAGGUCCUGAAUACGGUGAUGUCCAAGUUGGACCGCCUGUGGACAGAAACGGCCAACCUGUAAAUGGAGCCAUUCCCAGCCUGCCAUCUCCAACAAUGCCAACAUUUAAUAUGGCCGCACAAACACCUAAUGGACCUCAAGUUAAUGGACAAGAAUCCGUGUAUACUAAUGGAAUCCCUCCUCAAACGUUUCCACCUCACGCAUUGCAUUUGUCCAUCCCAGCACAAGGUUUACCGAAUGGGGAAGCAGCACUACAACAUCCGGCUGCUUUUCAAGCGAUGCAACCAGCUGGUUAUGGAGUUAGUGGUGUUGCAGCUUACCCUGCCGUUUAUGGCCAAUUCCCCCAAGCAAUACCUCAACCUGUCUCAGCGAUAGCCCCUGCCCAAAGAGAAGCUUACCGUAUUAUCGACAAUCUAGGCUGCUCGAUAUCCGGACCGGAGGGAUGCAAUCUCUUCAUCUACCAUUUACCGCAAGAGUUCGGUGACGCUGAACUUAUGCAAAUGUUCUUACCUUUCGGUAACGUCAUCAGUUCUAAGGUUUUUAUAGAUCGAGCCACCAACCAAAGCAAAUGUUUUGGUUUUGUGUCGUUCGAUAACCAAACUAGUGCCCAAACUGCAAUUCAAGCUAUGAACGGCUUUCAAAUCGGCAUGAAGCGUCUUAAAGUCCAACUGAAAAGACCUAAGGAUACCAGCAGACCAUACUAACAGAUAGAAAAUACGGCCGCCUUCGGCAAAGAACCUUAAACCGCCAUAGUAUACUAGUUACCUACAGUUAGUAUAUACGUAUCAAAAAUGCGUACUUGGUUGUUUACCCCAAGAUAUUUAAUCAUUGAUUACGCGGAAUAGGGAAAUAAUUGUUGAUUGUUGCAAAUCCAUUUUAACACAAUUGGAUAGUUUUACAAUGCUCAAUUCGAAAACUGAACUUUGCGUAAGAGCGUUUUAGAUCUAUUGAAUUAAAUAGAGCAAGGGAAAGCUUUAGACUUUAAUGUACAAUAACACAAUCAGCAAAACUUAUUCCACGGUGAUAGUCUUAAAAGCCUUGAGGUAUUACGCCCCGAGCAAAAAUUUGAGGUAACAGCAUAAUGACUCAAAUAAUAAUGACCUCCAUUUGGUUUGACAGCUUAACACAAAGAACCAUACCCAUUUUUAACCAAGCCUUGACUCAAUCCGAAUUAUAUGCCUAGAUUUAGUAAUUAGAAAUAGUAUAUAAUUGUGGUGGCUUGCUGCAAUAGUUAUUUUAGUUGCCGAUGGCGGUUUUUCACUUCUACCCAGAGCAAUUCCACUUGUAAAUAACAAAGGCCAAAGUUUCGACAAUAAGCUGCGGCCGAUACUGAUACAUUUCUUUAAAUUCUCAAUUAAUUGGGGAAUUGAUUUCAAAAUGGCCGGAGAUAAUUUCGUAAGAUACUCGUAAGUUAGUAGGUCAAAAUUACUUUUAUUCAAAAAUUUGUGUACUUUACAUAUGCACAAGUUUUUUUGGCAGUUCUUCAGCAGCAAUUAUUUUUAUAUUAAUUGAUAAAAUACAAUUAUUUUAAGUACCUAUAUAACUAUUGUUUCGCUCUAUUCAACUUUACUCCCUGAAAUGUUGAUAAAAUCAACUAAAGCAAAAAAUCUGACACCAUUCAAAACAAAUAAUUCCAUUAAAGGGAAAUAUUAUUGGUAGUGAAGAAAACUUCUUCUACCGCUAAGGUAGAAGUACUUCCUAAAAGCGCAUAAGUAGGUAGAUACAAACGGUUUCCACAAAAUAGAUGGUUUUAUUGAAUGAAAGAAUCACUAAGAGUUGCUUGACGUUAUUUUAUGUUCAAUUGCUAGAAAAACCGACAAAAGCUGCUUCAACGAACAUUUCCUGUUGAAGUAGUUCAAGGUUUCAAUAUUUUGAUUUAUUUUGCACUUUAAAAAAUUACAACAACAAUGGCACAUCUUUCAUAAGUUCAUGAUACAUGUUUUUUAAAGCUUUAGCCUAAAAUUGCUUCAGAUUUUGCCUCUUAAUUUUGUUCAGUGUAGGCGACACCGUAAACAAUCAAUCAAAAUAUUAAAAAAAAAUUAUCUACAGGAUUAUUUCACUACAUAUUUGUGGUUUGAUUAUUUCAGACACUUUAUAAUGAGGUAGACCUUCUGUUAUCCUGUUUAGAACGGAAAAACAGUUACAAAAUAUAUAAGAUUCCAGGUUCCAACAAACAGGAAAGAAAGCGACAAAAUAUUUCCCAAAAAUUAAGCACUUAAAAUUCGUCUGUGCAAGAAAUGAAAACACUCCGCAUAGCAAGUUUUGAGAAAUCACCGUACUAAAAAAGGAUUUAAAAAACACAAAGGAGGGGCAAUUAAGGCUUUUCCAAACAGGGCAACGUACCUAAAUAGAAUCAACAGUCAAAAAACCAUACUCCAAUACUCUUUUUUGUAGAAAAGUUUACCACCAAUAAAAACUGCCUCGGGAAACCUACAAAUAGUUGCAGGGAAAAAUGAAAAAGACAUAAAAUUAGAAUUAUUGACAUUUUGCUUUCACGCAUAUCUAAUGAAAACGUUAGGCUGUUAUAGGUACCACACGUUAAUAACAUUUCAAGCACCGCAAAUUUAAGAAAUUUAGUUCAGCAUGUUUUUUUCAAGAAAACAAUAAAUAAUCUUAUUUUUUCUAAAAAAUCUAAAUGUUGACGAUACGUGUACCAAAGUACUAGAAAUACUUUAAAAAUUCAAAUAGGUACAUAAAAAUUAUACCUUAAAAUGAAGAAAAUUAUGUACAUUUAAUGGAUCGUGUAUAGUAAUCUAUUGGAUUAUAACAGAAACGAUUUGGUACGUUUGUAUUCGAACGUACUUGUAAAUUACGGAACAAAUGGAUUUAAAAAACAAAAUAUCAUACUGAUGAAGUUAAAAUAAUUUUUCACAGCUGAAAUAGGACGAAUCAAGAAAACCAGAAAAAUGUUAAUGGUUUUUGGGAUUAUUGUUAUUUCGUUUUAAAAAUCUGCAUAACUGAAUCGUAUUAUAUCUACCAGUAAAACUUACUAGAAAUUGGAAAAGUUUCCCCUUAAAUGUGCAUUAGUUUGUACUUAGUUUACACUUUCUAAAGCAUGUGUAAUUUAGGGCCCAACGCGUAACUCACAAAAAGCACAAUUUUCCAUCUAAAGCAUUUUUCUGACAUGCACUCACAAAAAAAAUCUUUAAAUGUUAAGCUGUCAAACUAUUCGAGAAAUUCCAAAUGGGCUGUGAAUACUAAACAAAUCAGUGUUGAUUGUACAGGCCGUUUUGUAUUCUCGUACAGUGUGUAAUAAUUGCUAUUUUGAAUACUACGCUAAUAUGUUUAUAAGUAUUAUAAAUGUGUGUGUUAUUGUAACAAAGCCAAAUUGAAAAAGUAUAUAUUGUUUGUUAUGCUGAUGCCUCCAUUUCGUCCGUUGCCAAAAAAUAUUGUUAGCCUAGUACGCAUAUUCUGUGAUCCAGAUCGCAGACCGCUCGGGGUAAAUUUGUUAUUAACGAUCGUAUAAAGGUUUAAUUUAAGAUGCCGUCGGCACAAAGUUUAAUCCAAGAAAUGCAAGAAAAUAGUAUAAAAUUUCUACUAAAGUUUUAAGCAUAAUCCUUAAAAAGUACCAACUAUAUAUUAACCUGUAAAUUUCUAGAAGUAGUUAUACUUAGGUUAGUUAAAAAUUGAGAAGUUACUUCUUUAAGGCUGAGUUUCCUCUAGGACUGGUUGACAACAAUAUUUGUAUCAUCACCCAAGAAAGACUAUAACGUCCUCUUAUUCCAUCAGCUAAAUACUACUAUCGCUUGGUCAACAUCCUAGAUUGAACCCAGCCUUAUCUAGUAUUCGCCAUCAAUCGAUUUUAGAACAAUGCGUUCACAAGUUUAUGAAUUUUAUCUAAUUAUAGGUUUAUAUUAUAUUGAUGAAUAAUAUCAAAUGCCAGUUGAGCGUUUCCGCCAAAAUAGAUGUUGAAACCAACUUAGUUUACGCUUUGCAAGACUAGGCAACAGCUGCCCUGGCACGAGGCGAACUGUGGCAGUGAUGAGAUGGUAUUUUAUCGCAAUCGAAUCAGCAUAAAAAUAAAUAUUUAUUUUUAUCUUGAUAAUUGAGAACCGUAUCCUGAAAAUCUCCUGAGAAAUUUAGUUGCGACGUAAAUGAAAACUAUCUAUGAAAUGUCUAUCUGCUGUUACUGUACUAAAAUAUCACUUAUAGAGCGGUAAUCCAACGGUAUAAGGAAACCUCGAAAUGUCCAUAAACAGAGUGAACUGAGACCGAGUGACAGAAGAUUUAGCUUGCAGAACAUUAGUCAAAUGUUGCUUAAUUUCCUUCACCAGUUUCAACUUUAUGCAACAAUUUCCCUACAAUACCCACAGACCGAGUUUACAUUCAAUUUUCGCACCAAAACGUUCAAUUCAAAUUAAAAUUGUAGAAAGCACAUGAUAGUUAUAGAAAUCAAACGAUUGCGUCAAGUCAUGUGUGGCUAAAUUCUACUAAUUUAUCGCCGGUCAUCUGCAGUUCACCCUGUAUAGUUCAGGUAAUGAAACUUUCCUGAACCAAGCGAUUCUAAUGCUGUUUUCUUGAAAAAUUUACUGAUAACUUUAGAAAUUGUUGAAAAUAUGUUUAUUCGUAUAGCAAAGAUCUCUAACGUGAUGAAAUAUUACCUCAGACCUUCAUAUCUCGUCCAGGUAAUUCACUAGUCAAAUUAUUCAGCCUCAAAGGGGGCGAGGAUUAGUUAAUAAUUUAGAAUUAAUUUUAGUCCUAAGUCAUAUAUAUUUAGCAAACAUACUAUUUAUUAAAAUUAACAUAUUUAGAGAUACGUAUAAUGUAUUACUACAAUGCAUUUCAUUUAAUUUAUUUUGAUUUGUUUGUGUAAGUUGGCUGAGAAACCAUGUGCAAUAUUUUGAACGACUGAAAAAUCGUUAAAAAAGAAUGUUUUAAAUCGAUUAAUUCGCUUCGUUCAAUUAAUUCUUUUAGUCAGAAUGCAUUGGAGAAGUGCCAAGAAGCAUAUCAUUUUUGUUUUAGUUCGCUAGUUAAAAAGUCAACGAUAAAGUCUGGUACGAAACAUAGUACCAAUGCUGAUUACCGACCUAAAAAGAUUGCAAACUUUUGCCAUUAUUGAAAAAAAAUGAUUGCCAAAGUUGCGCCUGAAAACCAAAUUUUAUGUGGGCACGUGAGUGUGGCACGUUUAUGAGUGGACAAACGAUCACUACGAAUAAACAAUAUGUUUUAGUCAGAAGAUGUAUUCAAAUAACUGCAACUUUGACUUACACAGGUAGAAAUUUCACGAUGAGUUAAUAUCAGGCACUCCCAGAACCGGUUUCAAACCUAUUAGUUCACAACAGUUGAUUUGAGCCUCAAAUAACACUCCUGAAACCUGAACUUGAACAUCAAAAUAUUGCCAGAAUUUUCUUGUUUUUUGUAAAAUAAUUGUUUCUUGUUCGAAACUCCAUUUGCAAGUUUCUGGUAGAAAAUUGAAGUCAAAAGAUCGUUUAUAGGUAUGGCUACUGGUUAGGGAUUUUUUAUUCAAUUGGAAAGUUUUGCAAUCUUUUUAGAGUUCUCAAAAGUAUAACAACAGUUUUAUCCAAUUCCGGAAAAGCAUCUUCAGUCGCACGAAUGUCUAAAUGUAAAUAAACGCAAACUCUAAAUACGAUAGAUUAAUGCCUACUUACCAGCUUUACUACUAUUGUUGCAAGUUCUAAAAAUCAACGUUACAAGACAAUAACUUAACCCAGACGUAUUUUUAAAACAAAAAUCAAUAUGCUUUUAGAGCUUUAUCCUGAUCACCGAUAUUUAACAGCAUGUCUUCUUUGAACCUCGUAUUGAUAUUUUGAGAGUUAUUUCGGGAGUUUUUGCGGUAAAUAACAGUAAAUAACUUCUUAUCAAAAUAAUCUCUUGUGGUAAAAAUAGAGGUUCUAUCGAUGCAAUUGAUUUUGCUAUUUCUUCUGAAGCCAUCAACAAUGAACAAUCCAGAAAGCGUUUGGUUACCUAAAUUUGAGCACAGCUAAAUGUAGAAAUUUGAAAAUUGUAAAUAUCGAGCUUUAGAUAUUUUUUUAUGAAAUACGUACAUAAUAUAUUAAAUUUUGAGAAUGCGAUUUGCUGUUUACAUAAGAUAACGGUUUUUUCCAUUCAGUAUAACUAAAUACAGUUUAGUAUAGAAAUGAAGGCAAAGGUAUUAUAGUACAAAUGCCUGAUGCAAGAAGAGCACAAAAUACCGUACUACAGCGCACACCGGUGCUGAAAAGAAACAGGUUUCUUUUACGUUAGAUAGCCAAAUAAAUUAAGGUAGCUUGUACAUUUUAAGGUAAGGAGAGGCUUCAAUUUAGGUAAACCAAAUUGUAUCGAAGCUUUCCCAGCUAUUCAAGGAGCCAAACCAACGUUGGCAAUCGUUUCGAAUUUUCGCUAAGUUAAAAAUUUGCAUUAUCAGGCGAUUAGGUGUAAACAAACUACAAGAGGGUAGCAUUAAACAGUUAUAACUCGAAACAUGGCCUAUAGUUGUCCAACCAUGUAAAAUAUUAAUUUAAAAAAUAUAUCCUAAUUGAAACAUGUUCUCUACCCACUUGUAAAAAAUCCGUUUUAUAAAUGCGAUCGUGAUUUAAAGGAUACAGGGUAUGUUUUGCAAUUAUUUAUUGUAAAAGGAUCAUCAUUUACGGAGACGGUCACUGAAUCUCGACGUCUCCCGAAAAUCUUCGACACACCAAGUCCGCCAAACAUUAAGGGCCCUCGUUGUGUGUUUAUAUGUAUACUAUGAUAUUUAAAGCAUCGUUUCACUUGUACAAACCUAGUUCGUGCCAUUCAUUUCAUCGUUUAGAUAGCUGCUGUGUUUUAUAUGUAGAAAACUAUUUUCCGUGCGUUUUAAGCCACUGAUAGCUUUUAACUUACACAGUGCUAGGAAUUCAUUCUCUAAAUAAAUUUAGUUGGCAAUAUUUUCAAAAACUUCAUCAGACCCAUAAUGUGGAGUUAGUCAGUAUGUGUUUGCAUCCCUUGAAACCAGCGUACAUUUACAUUAGAGUACAACAAAAAUAUCUUCGUUUCGCCGACAUGGAAUAUCAAAAUAAACCAAAUCACCUACUUAAGUAUACAUAUAAAUAAUCUCAUCUCAUUAAUGUACAUAUAAUAUUUGUCGGGGUCUGUCACUUCUACGAAAUCGAGAACAAACUAAGUUUUGGUCUUGAACAUUUCGAACUGUAACUUCCGCUGUAAAAGUUCCGUUCUCUUCAAGUAUUUAGUAUUAAUCUAGCCCCAAAUCCGCUUUUAAACUCACGUCGUUCACGAGUCCCAAGCUAAGGAAACAAAAUUAACCCUGCCAUCUUUCAUAUAUCGUCUUUAAGGAUUUAUAUGGAACCAUUAUUUUUAGCUAUUUAGUAGAAUUUUAGACAUUAGGUUUUAGAACUAGAACUUAUUUAUAUUACUUACUAUAGAGAAAGUAUGGCAUCUAAAUUUAGGUGGGAGAAAAAGUGUUAAUUGCCGAGGAUUUUUUUUUAGCGAUAUUGGUGAUCGAAUUUAUUAGUACUUUGGGAAUAAAACUUUGCUGUUCGAGAGGAACUAAUUACAAUUCCAAUACAAAACAGCAUUAAGUUUUUUACAUUGCAAAGUAUAAAUAGAGUUUUUCCUCGCUUUACUUAUCAGCAACUUUUUAAUUUCCAAAGUACGAACUUGUGAACCUGACAAUAGAUCUUUGUUCUUAUGUCAGUAGUAAUUCAAUUCACUUAAGCAUUGCGGUACUCAUGCUACCUUUUUUUUCUACUAUUUGCGUAUUCUAGUCAAUUUUAUUCUAUUCUAUAUUCAUCUAAAUAAGUUUCCUAGUCCAGCCCAAUAUACACUGCUGGGACCAACUUUUACUUAAUUUUUAUUUGGCUUUUUUAUCACCAUUCUAGUCAGUAUAAUAGACAUGCUCAUAAAAUGUUUCUUAACUGGGGUUACUGUUUGCUUCAUAUCACAAUUUUUUAAGGUAGUCGAACUUGUACAAUUUCUAAAUGCUGUGCUAUUUACCUAUUUUACCUUUCUAGUCGCAAAGUACUUAAGACGUAUAUUUUUAUAUAUAAUUUUCUAUUGUGUGUCCUGUAUUUAUAUAUUUAUUUUAUUUUAAGCAAUUAUUUAUUAGUUUCAGCUAAAAUUUGUUUUGUUAUAGUAUAUUUUAGUAGGAAGCCAAAGUAUUAAAAUUUCAGCUGAAACGUUUGUUCGCUUAACUUGUUAAUUUGUGGCAAGUUAUCAUUUUGCCUUUUUACAGUAUUAUCGAGAUCGUGAGUACCCAUAAUAUAAUAAACUAUUUUUUAUGAAGGGCAUAAAAAGGGCUUUUUAAAGACAACCGCAGUUCCAUUUGUGACAGAGUAUAUUGUUAUUAAAAUUAUCCGUGUUCUAAGCACGAAUGAUAUAGGAAAUAUUUUUUUGUUUGAUUUUUUAAACUUUCAAUUGUUAUAAAAGUUCACACAAAUUGUGAUACUUAAUUGAUUUGUUAUGAGUCGAUGACUGUUAAUAAUCAUGUUGACAAACUCUCGGCCAAAUGGAAACCUUUCUCUCAUAAUAAGCCCUUUCGAAAAGGUGUACAGCCAUACUUUGUUGCAUGACUUUUAUUACAUUUUACUAAAUUUAUCUUAAAAAAUUAUAAUUAUUAUGAUUAUUAUUGUAUUCUAUUAAAGUAGAAUAAAACAAAAAUAUAACAUUUAUAAUCUGCUAACUUGUAAUUCAGUACUGUAAAAACAUAUGAUUAAAUUUAGACAAUGAAUGCGUGACAACUUUCUAGCCAUGUAUGAAAAUGAUUAUCAAUAUUUUUUUUACAUUGUCAAUUUUGCUGGUAUUUCAUAUUUAUAUUAAUGUUAUAGAACAAAAAACCCAUUACUUUUACAUGUGUACCUUUAAUCGAUCCACUACUUCAUAAUGUAAUGUUUAAGUACUAUAAUUUGAAAAGAAGGAUUCGGAAAGUUAAUGCCUAGUUUUUAGUCAGUAGGUAUUCAAUGAUCCUAAUCAUUUAACUAGUUAAAAAUGUUACUCUCGAGCCAUAUCAAUGCCAAAUGAAAGUAGAUGUUUUUGAAAUGUGAACAUCUCUUAGUAUAAUUGUUAUCAAUAAAUGUCCACAAUUUGACCGAACGAUUGUCUUAAGAGAGUUUACAUGGAGUAUGUUUUAUGGUUGACGGCUAAAAAUCAGGCACAUAACUAAAACUUCCGUAAUCAGCCAAUUCCUUCCCAUAAUCUACACCACCUAUCUACCAGGAAAGCUGAAAACUUCAAACUGUAUUAUUUAUUAUAUUUAUUACUAUUACUAACUUUUUAACUCCCAAAUGAGUUGAAUCCAACUUUCUAGCAGGUAUUAUAAAUUAAACGUACAUGAAUUUAUUAAUAUUAAUUAAAGCUAAUGCCAUUAUGCCCGGCAUUUAACUCAUUUGGCCAGCUAUUCAAGUUCAUAUAAAACUUUAUAAAAGAAUUAUAAAUGAAUAAAGUUAAUUAUAACGCA